AUAAACUUAUUGAAAUCAGGGGCCUUUUUAGCGAUCGGGGAUCCUCAUCCUUCCAUCAGGAAAGGAUUUCAAAGUGUCAACUCCAUUCAAACACUAACAUCUCUCUCUCUCUUCUCACCUUUUGCAACGAUUUAUUUAAGCUCAAGUCUUAUUGUGUUCUCCAUUCCUUGUUAAAGUCUUAAAGUUCAAAGCCAUUCUUUCUUCUCUUUUCUCUGUGUCUAUUAUACUAUCCUACAUAAAUGAAUAAAUACAUAUAGAUAGUUUUCUCUGUUGAAAGUAUUAUACAGAUAUAUAUAGAUAUAUUUUCAAGUAUAUAAAUAUAUAUAAGGUGUUCGAUGGCGAGAAACGAAUGGAUAAAUGGGUAUUUGGAGGCAAUCUUAGAUAUGGGGAAAAAGGGUGACGGGAAGCUGAACAAUAUUGCAAAGUUCGAAGUGAAAGAGAAAGAUCAUCAGGAUAAGUUGUUUAGUCCAACUAAAUACUUUGUCGAAGAAGUUGUUAAUAGCUUCGAUGAGUCAGAUCUCCACAGGACUUGGAUUAAGGUAAUAGCCACAAGAAAUACCCGUGAACGCAGCAAUAGACUGGAGAAUAUGUGCUGGCGCAUUUGGCAUCUGGCCCGCAAGAAGAAACAGAUUGCAUGGGAUGACGCCCAAAGGUUGGCUAAAAGGCGUAUAGAGAGGGAGCAGGGCAGGCAUGACGCUGCCGAGGACCUCUCUGAGCUUUCCGAAGGUGAAAAGGACAUUAUUAGUAGUAAAGGAGAUAACAAUGAUGCUGCUUCUACUACAUUUGAGCACAAUGUCAUCACUCGAAUCAACUCCGAGAUUCAAAUAUGGCCAGACCAUGAUCACGAUGAGAGUAUGAAGUCUUCUUCUUCUUCAAGAAAGCUUUACAUUGUGUUAAUCAGUAUGCAUGGCUUGGUCCGCGGACAAAAUAUGGAGCUCGGCAAAGACUCCGACACUGGUGGUCAAGUCAAGUACGUGGUGGAACUUGCUAGAGCUCUAGCCAACACAAAUGGAGUCUACCGUGUCGACCUUCUCACUCGGCAAAUCACAUCCACUGAUGUUGACUCCUCCUACGGUGAGCCAAAUGAGAUGCUUUGCUGCCCCACCGACGCUACGUGUUGUGGGGCUUACAUAGUCCGCCUCCCUUGCGGACCUCGCAACGAGUACAUUCCCAAGGAGUCUCUCUGGCCACACAUACAGGAGUUCGUCGACGGGGCACUAGCUCACAUAGUCAACAUGGCUAGAGUCUUGGGAGAGCAAGUCAAUACAGGAAAGCCUACGUGGCCUUACGUGAUCCACGGUCACUACGCUGAUGGUGGAGAGGCUGCAGCUCGACUUUCUGCUGCACUGAAUGUGCCGAUGGUGAUGACGGGACAUUCGCUGGGGCGGAAUAAGUUCGAACAGUUGCUAAAACAGGGGAGAUUUUCCAAGGAAGAUAUUAAUGCCACAUACAGGAUCAUGAGAAGGAUUGAAGCCGAGGAGUUGGCCAUUGAUGCGGCAGAAAUGGUGGUGACCAGUACUCAUCAAGAGAUCGAUGAGCAGUGGGGACUGUAUGAUGGAUUCGAUCUCAAAUUGGAGAGAAAGUUGAGAGUGAGAAGACGUCGCGGUGUGAGUUGUCUUGGCCGCUAUAUGCCAAGGAUGGUGGUUAUACCGCCAGGGAUGGACUUCUCAAACCUCGCUACAACAACUGAUAUUACUGAAUCAGAUUCUGCUGAUCUUAAAUCAUUAAUAAACUCUGGUAGAGGUCAACAAAAACCCAAUCUACCUCCUAUAUGGUCUGAGAUAAUGAGAUUUUUCACCAACCCUCACAAGCCCAUCAUUCUUGCUCUGUCACGUCCUGACCCCAAGAAGAAUGUUACUACAUUGCUCAAGGCUUAUGGAGAAUGCCAAGCCCUUCGGGAGCUUGCCAACUUGACGUUAAUACUUGGCAAUAGGGAUGACAUUGAAGAAAUGCAUAAUAGCAGCUCCGUUGUGCUUACGACAGUGCUCAAGCUCAUCGACAGGUACGAUUUGUAUGGUCAAGUGGCCUAUCCCAAGCACCAUAAGCAACAUGAUGUCCCCGAAAUAUAUCGUCUUGCUGCGAAGACAAAGGGAGUAUUCAUCAACCCAGCUCUAGUGGAACCUUUUGGUCUCACAAUUAUAGAGGCGGCUGCAUAUGGCUUACCCGUCGUCGCCACUAAAAAUGGAGGUCCUGUUGACAUUUUGAAGGCAUUAAAUAAUGGGGUCUUAGUCGAUCCACAUGACCAUAAAGCCAUAGAAGAUGCACUUCUAAAGCUCGUGGCAGACAAAAACCUUUGGCUGGAUUGCCGAAAGAAUGGGCUAAAGAACAUUCACAAGUUUUCAUGGAUAGAACAUUGUCGAAACUACCUCUCCCACGUGGAACACUGCCGUAAUCGCCACCCCACCAGCCGCCUUGAGAUCAUGCCUGUUCCAGAAGAGCCCAUGAGUGAUUCUCUCAAAGACGUACAAGACCUCUCUUUGAGAUUCUCCGUGGAAGCUACAAUAGACUUUAAUUCCUCUGAAAACUUGGAUCCAGCCACCAGGCAAAAGGAGCUAAUUGAAGCCAUUACAAAAAGUCGAAGCAAGGGCUCCUCCAAUGGAAAGGUCGGAGCUACUACCUACUGCCCUGGCCGAAGGCAGAGGCUAUUUGUAAUAGCCAUUGAUUGUUACAACGAAAGCAAUGGAGAUUUUGCUGAAAGUUUGUUGCAGCCUAUCUUGAAGAAUGUGAUGAAAGCUGCAGGCUUGGGUGGCCGAACAGGGUUUGUGCUUGUAACUGGUUCAAGCUUAGGAGAGACAUUGGAAGCAUUAAAAAGAUGCCAAAUCAAUGUUCAAGAGUUGGAUGCGCUCGUGUGCUCAAGUGGAAGUGAGAUGUAUUACCCUUGGAUAGAUUUGGUGGCUGAUGGAGACUAUGAGUCCCAUAUCGAGUAUAGAUGGGGCGGCGAGAACGUGCGGUCCAUGGCAGCAAGGCUUAUCAGGGUAGAAGGAACGGAUGAGGAAGACACCAAAGACUAUGUAGGAGCUAACCGAGCGAAGUACUGUUACUCCUACUCUCUCAAACCUGGAGCCAAGAUACAAAAGGUUGAUGAUCUAAGGCAAAGGCUGAGAAUGAGAGGCUUCCGAUGCAACCUUUUCUUUACACGAGCUGCAUCUAGGUUGAAUGUUGUGCCAUUGUACUCUUCAAGAGCACAAUCCCUAAGGUAUCUUUCCGUUAGGUGGGGAAUUGAACUCUCCAAAAUGGUCGUCAUCAGUGGAGAAAGAGGGGACACUGAUACUGAAGACUUGCUCGCUGGGCUUCAGAAGAACAUAAUUAUAAAAGGCUGUGUUGAGUGUGGCAGUGAAAAGUUUCUUCGGAGUAUAGACAGUUACAAAAGAGAAGAUGUUGUCCCACAAAAUAGCCCUAAUAUUGCCAUCUCAGAGAGUUAUGAGGCGCAUCAUAUCAAACAAGCUUUGGAAGCUCUUGGAAUCCAGUGAUUUCAUAUUUACUAUUUAUCUUGAUUACACAGUUAUAUAUUGUGAGCAAAAUAUAUGAACACCAAAUAUAAUAAAUUACCUAUAAACUCGUGGAAUUUAUAUUUUCCAAUGAUGUUUUUGUAAUACAUACAUUUAUACUUAUGUAUACGUACAGAUGAAAAGCUCAUGUAUUAGAUAUAAAUAAGAAAUGUAUUUGUUUUA